AUGACAGCCACAACAAAGGAGCCGAUUGCGCACAUCAAGGCCGUCCUGUUCGACAUGGACGGUCUCUUGAUCGACUCGGAGGGAAUCUACACCACCGUGGUCAACGACAUCCUCAAGCCGUAUGGCAAGCAGCAGACGUGGGAGAUCAAGGCGAAUCUCAUGGGCAAGCCUGAGCGUGAGGCGACCUUGACGCUGCUCUCGUCCCUCUGGCCACCCACGAAGGAAGGCGAGGCCUAUGGACCCGACUGCCCGUUUGACAUCGACAACUUCCUCAAGGACCGCAACGAAGUCCUUCUGAAAGCGUUCGAGCAAGUCCCUCAAAUGCAGGGUGCAGCACGACUGGUUCAGCACCUUCACAAACACAACGUCCCUAUCUGCGUCGCCACGGGAAGCAAGCGCAGGAACUACGACAUCAAGACUGCAUCUCACCCUGACCUCUUCGGCCCUUUCGCAGACCGCGUCAUUUGUGGUGACGACCCGAGGCUGACGCGUGGCAAGCCGCAUCCGGACAUCUUCCUGCUCGCGGCACGGGAAGGACUUCUCAGCAAUCACCCCAAUGACGAGGCGACAAAGCAGAAGCUCGGUGCCCAGUGGACGGAAAGUCUACGAGAGAUGGGCCACCACUUCGACGAGGCACACCACCUCAAGGGCGGCGAAGCGAGCAUUUUGGUGUUCGAGGAUGCGAAGCCCGGUGUUCAGGCGGCAAAGGCAGCGGGCAUGCACGUCGUGUGGGUCCCUGAUCCGGAAUUGAGAGCUCUGUACCCGAGCGAGGAGCUGGGCGCUUCACAAACCAUCAACUCGUUGCUCGAGUUCGACCCUUCAGACUGGGGCCUGCCGCCGUUUGAUGAUCAAAAGUGA